AUGUCGAAGAUCCCCGCGGUUUCAGGCCCCUCGCCAACCGAUGCAUAUUCGCUAGAACGCCGCGGCUCGCUCGAACGGAAGAGACGUCAUGCAGAUGAGGACGACUCGUCUCCCACCACUGAGCGUCGUGACUCUCUGCGCUCUCGGCCGCUUCCCUGGCAUCCGUCUGCGCCUGUAGAGCCACCGUACUCUUCGCAACAUCGUUCGAUAGGAGUCACGUCGAUCCUGAAUCCGUCCGCAACAGAAGGAGCUGGUACCAGGACGGCGUCUGUAGACGGCGGCCGCGAGGGUCUUGGUGAGAGGCUGUCGUUAGACCCGCCGUCUCAUGCUCGAUUUUCUCCCUCGUCAAUGCAUCUCCCCUCUCCUUCCAUGCACUCACCAAACCUUCCACUACUGCCGUCUGGGAUGAGAAGUCACCAGGGCGUCUCGCCUGUUUCGCCUUCAGCUCGAUUCCCCGGGGCAACAGGAUACUUCCCUCCGAAACCUGCUCCUGGUCAAACUCCGCUGGCUCAGCAGCUGCCUCGACUACACACGGUAGCUCCUAGCUCCCCUUUACCAAUGAUAGAGACUGGACAUCCCACGCCCCUAUCUGCUCAUCACCACCAGCUUCCUACACACUUGACAUCGACGUUUGCCAGCCAUCGAGCGAGUACGAACCAUACCCCCACUCCUAGCUCCAAAGAGCCCAGUCCAACCACGCCUGUGUCCGUUCUCAGUCCACUGGGCCGGUCAUCGCCGGCUCUUGCUGCAGGCCCUGGCCAGCCAGCUCCGGGUUACAUGAACAUUGCUCCAUACGCGCAGAGGGAUCCCACCACUGGGGUAGUGAUAGAGGCAGGAAAUGUGGCACCUCCAGGAAAGAUAGUUUGUUUUGUUGACCUCAAAUCGGGCUCCGCUGCCCAAGCAGAGAAGCGCAGGGCAAACAGUGGGGCGUCGAGAAGAUUCCGUAACAGGAAACGCGAGGACCAACAGAAAAUCGCCGAACUAGAGGAAGAGAAACGGAAGCUGUCGCAAGAGCUUCGGAUGACCGUCGAACAGCGGGAUUUCUAUCGCUCCGAGAGGGAUUACUUCCGAGACGAGGCAUCUCGCUUUGCCCAACUCCCUGUCCGACCAACAUCUCCCCCGCUGCUAUGCCCCAAAGCAUCAGCCAGGGCGGACGUCAAGGCUGAAAAAGCAGCAACCGACGCGUCGUCCCACCAACGUACAUCUGGACCGAUCGCGCCCGCACCGAUGCCUGCGUUGACCUGGACCGCCCCAUCGUCAUAUUCAACUGGACAGCCGGAACGCACUGCAUUGGACAAGCAACAAGCUAGACCAAUACCUCGGACGCCGGGAGCGUGGAGCCGUACGACUUAA